UCGUGUGUCCGAUCAUUGGGAGCAAUCCGUUCUUUUUUAUACCGCUGGUGCCCUCCACCAUCCCAGUAGAGAGCUAUUUUUUUCCCACCUGUUUUCGCCCACCCUAUCCAGAAUGCUCGCACCAGUGCUCCGAAGGCAAGUCCUUCAUAAAUGCAGGACAGCCAGAGUUGUGAUUCCCUACAGCCUGGCAAGAUGGUACGCCUCAUACCCGCCGCACACCGUCGUGAAGAUGCCGGCUCUUUCCCCAACCAUGACCGCCGGAAACAUUGGCGCGUGGCAGAAAAAGCCCGGUGACACCAUCGCUCCGGGCGAGGUGCUUGUCGAGAUCGAAACAGACAAGGCCCAGAUGGACUUUGAGUUCCAGGAGGAGGGUGUGCUUGCCAAGAUUCUCAAGGAGACUGGCGAGAAGGAUAUCCCCGUCGGAAACCCCAUCGCAGUCCUUGUCGAGGAGGGAACCGACGUCAGCGCCUUUGAGGGUUUCACCCUCAAGGAUGCUGGUGGCGAGGCAGCCCCCCCGCCUCCCAAGGAGGAGUCGUCUAAACCAUCCUCUACCCCGACGCCGGCGCCAACGCCGGCACCCGAGCCUGAGGAGACCGAUUCCACUGGCAAACUGCAGACCUCCCUCGACCGCGAGCCGAAUAUGUCGGCUGCCACUAAGCGCCUAGCUAUCGAGAAGGGCGUCAACCUGGACGGUCUGAAGGGCACCGGUUCCGGCGGCAAGAUCACCGAGGAAGACGUCAAGAAGGCUGCGUCCGCUCCUGGUGCCGGUGCGGCUGCCGGUGCUCUGUACGAGGACGUCCCCACCAGUGCCAUGCGGAAGACCAUCGCAAACCGGCUGAAGGAGUCUGUCAGCGAGAACCCGCACUACUUCGUCUCCGCCAACCUUUCGGUAUCGAAGCUGCUCAAGCUCCGACAGGCACUCAACAGCACUGCCAACGGCAAGUACAAGCUCUCGGUCAACGAUUUCCUCAUCAAGGCCAUGGCCGUCGCCUGCAUGAAGGUUCCCACCGUCAACAGCUCGUGGCGCGACGGUGUUAUCCGCCAGUUCAAGACCGUCGAUGUCUCGGUUGCCGUUGCCACCCCGUCCGGUCUCAUCACUCCCAUCGUCAAGGGCGUCGAAGGAAAGGGCCUGGAGAGCAUUUCGGCCGCCGUCAAGGAGCUGGCUAAGAAGGCCCGCGAUAACAAGCUCACGCCCGAGGAGUACCAGGGUGGCAGCAUCAGCAUUUCCAACAUGGGCAUGAACCCGGCGGUCGAACGCUUCACCGCCAUCAUCAACCCACCACAAGCUGCCAUCCUGGCCGUCGGCACCACACAGAAGGUUGCUGUCCCCGUCGAGAAUGAGGAUGGCACGACCGGUGUUGCGUGGGAGGACCAGAUCGUUGUCACCGCCAGCUUCGACCACAAGGUGAUCGAUGGUGCCGUUGGUGCCGAGUGGAUGCGCGAGCUCAAGAAGGUGGUCGAGAACCCGUUGGAGUUUCUCCUGUAAACGCAAUAU